UGAUCCGGCGGCGCACGCAGGCCCAGUGGCGCCUCCGCCCGCUAUUGCAGACAUGGCGGGGUCUCUAGGCGGGAUGUUCUCGGGGCAGCCGCCUGGUCCGCCGCCGCCCCCGCCCGGGCUCCCGGGCCAGGCCUCGCUUCUGCAAGCCGCUCCCGGGGCUCCGAGACCAUCGAACAGCACUUUGGUGGACGAGUUGGAGUCGUCAUUCGAGGCUUGCUUCGCUUCCCUUGUGAGUCAGGAUUAUGUCAACGGAACUGACCAGGAAGAAAUUCGAACUGGUGUUGAUCAGUGUAUCCAGAAGUUUUUGGACAUUGCAAGACAGACAGAAUGUUUUUUCUUACAAAAGAGGUUGCAGUUGUCUGUCCAGAAACCAGAUCAAGUUAUCAAAGAGGAUGUAUCAGAACUAAGGAGUGAACUGCAGCGGAAAGAUGCGCUGGUCCAGAAGCACUUGACAAAGCUGAGGCACUGGCAGCAGGUGCUGGAGGACAUCAAUGUGCAGCACAAGAAGCCAGCUGAGAUCCCCCAGGGCUCCUUGGCCUACCUGGAGCAGGCAUCUGCCAAUAUUCCUGCCCCUCUGAAGCCGACCUAAGAGCACUCUGCCUGGGAUGCAGCUGUGUCGUCUUGCCUGAUGUCUCUGUGUAGAUGUGGCCUUUUGGAAGAACUCAUUGAUAAUAUGUGGGUGGUAGUUUAUGUCCUGCCCAUUUUUAUGAUUUUUUAUUGGGUAGGAUUUAAACAGGAAGCCCAGGCUGACCUUGAACCAGUUCUCUAAAUUCCUGGAGUUCUUUAUAAAACGCCUGAAACUUUGAUAAACCAAGUAAAGGGUUCUUUUUUUGUUUUUUCAAAUUCUUUAGCAAAGUUUGGACUGUGAGAAUGAUCACACACAUGCUUAUUUGACCUUUGCCAUUUGUUUUGACAACAUUUUAUUUGUGCCUUCAUCACUCUAA